GACGUUCCAUCCACCCUCCGCUCAGUUCUUCUCCGCACUCCGCUUCCUUCUGUUAGACUAAACCAAACCAAACCAAUAAAUCAAGAUGGCCGACACUGAAGUUGCACCUCAGGUUGCUGCUGGCGAAACCGUUUCAGAGGUUUGUGAGAGAACUGAGGAGCUGAAUGUUGAAGAAGUAGCCGCAGCUGCUCCUGCUGCAGAAGAGUCUGAAGCAGCAACUGGAGAAGCCGCUGCUGAUUCUUCUGAAGGUGCAAGUGAAGAAGCUAAAGAGGAAGCUGCUGAGGGCAGUGAAGCUGCCCCUGAGGCAGCUGCAGAGGAAGGUGAAGCUGCUCCCGAAGCUGAGGCAGCAGCAGAAACUGAAGCUGCUUCCUCUGAGGAAGCUCCCGCUGAGGAGAGCAGUUAAAGUCAGUUGGUGUCAUAAAAUUUAUUUUUUGCUGUAAGUUUAGAUAUAAGUGUAAAGUAUCAAUAAAUAUUAAUCCAAUAUUUUAAAAA